UAAAAUAUUGGUGAGAUAAAACCUUCGAUUUACUGAAAACAUACAGUAUCUAUUAAGCAACCCAUGUUUGAGCCUAAACACUUAACUGAUCAAAUGAUGUAAAUCUUUAAAAAUGGGUCACAAAUAUCUAGUUUAAUUUGAAGGAAAUGCUCAGUAAUUUCCUAAAACAGCUGGGCACUGUAGUUUUUAGCAAACCUUACCCACAAUAGCAAUAUUUACAGCACCAGUACAGUGUAUGUGGGAUCAGCUCAAAAUAAACUACAAUGCCCAAGUUCCUCGUAAUGAAGUUAUAUGUCACCCCGCGUACAACAGUGUUGCUCCGUGAUGUGCUUGUAAUAGUUUUUGGACAACAAUGGAGAUCUAUGGCACAGAGGAAUAAGACACAUCUGGCUUUGGAUACACACACAAAUUAAUACUUAUUAGUAGGAUCAAUUCAUUGUUAGUUUUGGCCACCAUGAUUAAAAACAUUACUACACUACGUGGAUCCAAGCUGACCUCGGUGAGAAGCUGAAACCUCUAAAAACUCUUUGAGGGUUUGACGUCACUCUGCAGCAAAGGCCAGAUGGGUGAAGCAGUUCAGACGUAGGCUGAGAAUUCACGGCAUGGUACCCAUGGGUGCUGAUGAGUCUGAGAAGGAGACGAUGACUCUCGAUGAUUCAGAGUCACCUGGUUGUGUUGUCAAUCAGAGCUGUAAGAGGUGGGAGGGGCAGGGCACCCUUGGGUGACUUGGUCUGCUCAAUACAUUAAUGCUUUCAGUGACACCCCCUCCCCACCCCACCCAAGGGGGUUAUUUUUGCCCGACAUUGUCACGCCCCGCUGCUGAGGCCACGGGUACACACACACACACACACUCUCUCUCCCUCUCUCUUUCUCUCUUUCUCACACACACUCUCGUUGGCAUUCGUCCUCAGCUGACACACAGCUGACCAAGCGGACUUCACCGCAUGAACCUGGAGUACAAUCUGCUGUAAACUGAGACACACACACACACACACACACACAGACACACACACACACACACACACACACACAGACAAACACGUCUACACACGUGUGAAAACAAAACACACAAGCAAAGCGUGUUUUUCUUGACCAUGACGGAUACUGCAGCUGAGGAGGACAAGGAUCCUGAUAUUGAGCUAUUUGUCAAGGCUGGGACCGAUGGGGAGAGCAUUGGAAACUGUCCCUUCUCUCAGCGCCUCUUUAUGAUCCUCUGGCUGAAAGGUGUAGUCUUCAAUGUCACCACUGUUGACCUCAAGAGGAAACCGGCUGACCUUCACAACCUGGCCCCAGGGACACACCCGCCCUUUCUCACCUUCCAGGGGGAGGUUCUCACUGACGUCAACAAAAUUGAGGAGUACCUGGAGGAGAUGCUGGCUCCACCAAAGUAUCCCAAACUUGCAGCAAUUAACCGUGAAUCCAACACAGCAGGAAAUGACAUAUUUGCCAGGUUCUCAGCUUACGUCAAAAACACAAGACCAGAUAAAAAUCGAGCAUUAGAGAAGAGUCUAGACAAGGCCCUGGCUAAGCUGGAUGAGUAUCUGAUGAGUCCACUACCCGACGAGGUUCAGGCGGGACGCCACAGUGGCGAGAGGGAAUCCAACCGCAAAUACCUGGACGGAGACGAACUGACGCUGGCUGACUGCAACCUUCUUCCCAAACUUCAUGUUGUCAAGGUGGUUGCGAAGAAAUACAGAAAUUAUGACAUCCCAUCUGAAUUCAAAGGGGUGUGGCGUUACCUUGGCAACGCCUACAGCCGAGAUGAGUUCACCAACACGUGCGCAGCUGAUACAGAAAUCGAGCUAGCCUAUAAGGACGUAGCUAAGAGGCUUGGAAAAUGAAUGCAUCACAACCACAGUCACUAUUGUAGACUACCUUUAUCUCUUUUUAGAAAAUCAACAUACUUCUGACACACAGUAUAUACACUCUUUACAAAAGAUGAGUCAUUUUUAACACCAAUGUGCUGAAAUGUGUUUAAAUGUAAAAUAGUGGUAUGGUGUCUCAAAGAAGAGACACGUUCUAAAAAUGAUUCAUCAUCAUUCAUCAUCAUCAUCAAGGUGCUGUGUAGCAUCUCCAGUCUGAUGCCUCUGUAAUAAUACUGACUACACUAUAAAGAAAAUUGUUAGGUUAGGGUGAUUGAAAAAAAAUGUGAUUUUUAUUUAUUCAGAAAAAAAGUCUAAAGUUUGCAAAUGGCCGUUUGCUAAACCCCUACCCCAAAUAGUGGUUGUCAAAUCAUAGCUUAGCAAAUGUAAGCCGAGCCUAGCUUUGCACUUUGGAUGGUGCAUUGGGCUGUAGUAACAUUGAUAUUCUGCAUGUAGAGUUUGGAGGGGGGUGUCAUUUUUAUUUUUGCCUUUCCAAAACCAAUAACACAAGAGCAAAAGUGUAAAGAAUGGAUUAAGCAGUGCAUAUCUGCUUUAACGUAAGCUGCAAUGUUUGCAUGUCCAGCUAACUAGCUUACUACCUAACCGAGCGUUACUUCUAAGGCCAAGGAGCAUAUUGUUAACUAACUACAUCAGCCGGGGUUACAGGUUACUUAAACAAAAAGCCCUGUUCACAACUAGCUCCUGUAUGCUAACAGAGUUUAGGGUAAUGUCAGUGGCUCUGUUCUACUAUUUACCGGAUUUAGGGAAGUUUACACUCCAACAACCGCAGCCAGUGUUACCCAAGAUAGCGUUACGUUUGCCAAACACAUAGGUCAGUCCUCAUCCUAAAAGCCUUUCCUUUCCUAACAUUAAAAGUGAAAUGUACUGUUUAAAAUGUGAAAAAUGUAAGCUAAUGAGCCAAACAGGGUUGAGUUAGAAUGAAAUAACAGACUGAUCUUACGUUUUUCUUUAUCACACUUAUCACACUAGGACUAACUAGCUAGCUCUGCAGUGCAAUACAAGAACAAUGCUUCUUCUGUAUUUCCAUGUGUGCUGCAUGGCUCAUAAACUGCUGAGGAUGCUGCCUUUUUUUUCUGGGACAUGCAGCAUUAGCUUCAGGCCUUUGGCAUUAUAUUGUUUAUGUAGCCAUCAAGUGCACACUUAGGCACCCUCUUUUAAGAUUCUGGUCUUAAAAAGAGUUGGCUGGAAACGUUAAAAAGUUAGCCAGAGACAGCAUUUUCAAACAACUGACAGAGCUAAUGUUAGCUGGAUAAGAGAGCUAGCUACUUUCAGUCACUAGCGUCACUUCAGCCGGCUCAAUCAGCAGUAGCUGGCUAGAAAUGAGAAGGCUGCUUUUGUCUACCUCUGACAAAAAAUCUGCCUCUGUUACCAUUGUAAACUGUGCUGUGGGAGAAUGGAAAGCUUGACAAGCGUAGCAACAGUAACUAAGGGGGGUGGAGCUUAACAAACAGUCAAAAAAACUAAAUAAACAUUUUUUUGGUGACAGCAGAGCCCCAGUCAGCCAGUGAUGGAGGUUGUUUUCUCCUGAGCUCUACUGACGUGUAACCCCCUUCUGUGAAUCUGCUUAUUAAACCCUAAUGAUUUCAAGUCGUGAAAUUCUUUUAUAUAUUUAAUAGAAAUAAUGGGAUGCAUAAAGCAGGGUUUCAUUAUUUGCUUAUCUUGCUCCUGUGGAUUAUGUUGUAUUAUUACAUUGCGGGGUCGAAUUAAUAGACAAGAAAGUGUUGUUGGAAAAUACUGUUAAGAAUGUGUUUCCGCCAAAGUAAUUUGUCUUUUAUUGGAACAGUGUGAGCUUUGUAGACUCCUUUUCUUAAUGAGGCAAUGACUUACCAGUUCAAUUUUGGGUUUAUUCAUCUCCUUGAACUGUGUAAUGAAGAUAGAUUUUCUUUGGAGAUUACUAAUCUCUUUUAAAAUACAGUUUCCUUACUUUUACAGUCUCACACCACAGCUUAUGUCUUUUACUAUCAAUCCUUGUCUGAAAUGGUCACAGUCUCACAGUGUAUUUCAGAUUAAAACUAUAUGUUCAGUUUGAUAAAUCAGCCUAUAAAGAAAAGAAAAGGCAUGCAAACAAACCAAGUUUACCCCAGCUGUUAUCAUUUUAUUCAGUGCAAACUGAUGGUAGUAAAUGUAAUUUUACUAGUCACUAGUGCCUUAGUGGGAAUCAAGCUCUCCUCUGCCUUCAGCUCUUUAUGUCUGUACAGUUAAUUUUGUGUUUGAAUAUAAUAUGAGUGUGAAUCACUGAUGUCAUCUAAGGACUUUUCCUGCCCCGUGGCAGUGUGAUAAUUAUAUAAAUUAAGUUUUCCUGCAAAUGAUUGUAGCUCAACUAUAUUCACAUUCUUUCUGAUGAAUAGAACCAUGAACCCACUGUGUAUAUGUUGCUUAUUUGAAUAAUAAAUCUAUUUUCUCAGAGA